AUGAAAUGUAGAGGAAUCGUUUUAAGAAGAGCCUAUGAAGAUAUAUUAGCGUUUUUGAAGUUGAAGAGAAAAGACCAAGUGCAAACUGUCUUCAAUGAUUUUGAUCCUCAGCAUACUGAGCACAAUGGUCAUUUUGAUCAUAUGAGCCUCCUUCCACUGGUUCCUUAUGAGGAUCCCUAUGCUCCUCCAAUUCCAGAUUCUCCAGUAGCAGAUUCUGCUACUAUUGGAAUUAAAGCUAAUAUGUUAGCUAAUUUUGAAGUUAAUGGAGAACAAGUGGAUUACAAAAAGAUGGAAUUAGGAGAUAUGGUGUAUGUUCCUUGGCUAGAAGAAGUUUUCCAUAUUCAUCCUACAUUAAUAGAGUGCCAAAGGAACAAGACUCCCAAGUAUGCAGGUUGGGCUUUUACAGCACUUGGCAAGACACCUUAUUCAAUGCCCAGCUGUCCCACUGAGCUAGAGAGAGACCAAGUGCAGAAAAUGAAGAACCUAGGAAGUAUUGGAAGCAGUGGGAGGCUAUCAGCAGAAGAGCAUGAGGAUGAGGAGAUUUCAAAAUUGGCCAUUUCCACAUUUCAAGCUAAGGAAGAAGAGAUUGAGAGGAAAAAGAUGGAGGUGAGAGAGAAAGUUGAACUUCAACUUGGACGUGCUGAAGAAGAGACAAGGCGCUUGGCACACAUUUGGGAAGAGCUUCAAGUCUUGGAAGAUCCUAUGAGGAAGGAAGUUGCAAUGAUACGCAAGAAGAUUGACUUGGCCAACAAAGAUUUAAAGCCACUAGGACUUAACUACCAGAAAAAGGAGAAAGAGUAUAAAGAAGCCUUGGAAGCUUUCAACGAAAAGAACAAAGAGAAGGCUCAUCUGGUAGCCACACUAAUUGAGCUGCUGACUGAGAGUGAAAGACUGAGGAUGAAUAAACUGGAGGAGCUAUGCAAGACCAUAGAGUCUAUGUCACUGAAACAAUAA